CCCGUGAGAUUAGACAGCAGCCAUCACGAUUUAACGCACAUAAUAAACAUCGAGAUUUAACCGUACGAAGGAAAUAAUCAUCGAUAGAUGCACAGAUGAAUAUAUCUUAGGCUUCAGACAGGAUGCUGCGCUUGAGAAAACAUUUAGGAUAUUCUCCUCUCCUCUGGUGUGGUGAGGGUGCGGUGAGGGUUUCGUGACGAGGAACAGGGAACAGAGGAAGCUGGAAGGUAGAGGAAGAUGGUAAAACCCAAGAGAAAGAAGCAGGUUCUGGAGGACGAGAUCGCGGAGCAGUGUUCUGGGGGGAAAAGGCUUUCUUGUCCUGCUCCUCUGCAACUUCCACCGCCUUCUUUCUUCAAGAUCAUGCUGGGUGACUUCACAAAGGUUUUGUUCAUACCGCCAAAGUUUACUUAUAAUUUGAUUGGCCAUGUCAAUCAGAAUGUAUAUCUCAAAGAUUGUAAUGAACAAUCGUCAAAGGUUAAAGUAUCCAGGAUUAAUGGUCAGUUAGCUUUUCAAGAAGGAUGGGCAAAGUUUGUGGUAGAUCAUUCUAUUAACUUUGGCGAAUUUUUAGUAUUUAUAAAUGUCACUAGAGCAUUGUUUUUUGUGAAGAUCUUUGGUAUCAGUGCGUGUGAAAGAGUUUCCUUUGGCGUAGGAAGCAACAGAGAGACAUGCAGAAAAAACAUUUUCAAAACAGCAUCUCUUGAAUCAUCACAGUUUCCUAGAAGUUGCAAUGGCAUUGGAGCAUCAAAAGAUGAAUAUGGUACUUCUAGGAAAGAUCCAGAAAUUAUAAAUGACCUAUCUAAUUCUUGCAAGGAAAUAAUUAUAGCCCAGGCUAAUGAUAAAGGAAUUUCUAAAUCUGGAAAAGAAGUUCUAAACUUUCUCCAACAUUCUCAUGAUUCUGCAAGUCCACAUAAUGGAGAAGCCAUUGACGUAAUUGAAUCAUUGAUUAAUAUUGCAAGUGGACAGGCAUCAGAGAAAUAUGAACAUCCCAAAAUAUUUACUGUCAGUAGAAAUUUGUUAGCACGGGAGUUAAAAGCUGACUUUGAUUCAAAUCUUAUGUUAAGAUUCACUCGUGAUGAAAAAUCUGAUGGUUCUCCAAUUGUUGCAUGUUCAAGACCUGAGACUAACAAUCACAUUGUUCACCGUUGGGAUAUCAUCAAACAUGAAUCUAGUGCAGGUUGCUCACUUCCUUCAGUGAAAAAGGAGAAAUACAAUGUAAUGCAUGCAUCUAGAGAGAACAUAGGAGGUUUUGGAAGUACCCUAUGUGCUAAAUCUCUUUUGGACACUAAGAGGAAAACAUGCGAAUCUGUGCAUGAUACUCUUCCUGAAGAGGAUCAGCAGGUAGAUUCUUGCUGCCAAAGGAAUCAGAAUCCAGAAACUGCAAAAAUUGAAGCUGUGAAUAAUGUGAAGGCACCCUUAUUACCGGAUUCUUUCUCCUUCAGCUUAACAUUGCCAUCUGACAAUUGGUGCUGCCUUGAGUUGCCCCAUAGGUUACCACUUAAGGGUCGCCGGAAAAAUUAUGAACACAGAAUUGUAGUUCUUCAGGAUCCAUCUCGAAGGUCAUGGCCGAUCAUGUAUCAAGCAAACAACAAGUUUACAGGAUUUUUGAGCGGGUGGAAGAAUUUUGCAACAUCCAACAAACUCCGACAGGGAAAUCAGUGUGAGUUCUUUGUGAUUCCAAAUGAGAUUGAGGCUGCAUUUCAAGUGAAGAUAAUUCGACCAUAAAGCUCGUAUAUCAUGAAACUCCAUUGAGAUGUUUGUGGUAUGGACCCAUUUUGACUUCUAGGUUAUGUUCUUAGCGAAAGAAAUUGUGAAGUUUAUCUGGCAUCAGUUUGCCCUUGCAAUGUGUACUAUGCAUAAGCACAAAUCUGCCCAGGAUGCUGUAAGAAUGCGACAUUUCUAUUUUUGCAAUGCUCAUGUCUAGGCAGUUAGUUGGACGAUAAGUUAUGACUCAGCGGAGGAAUGCUCUCUUUUAUAUUCUCAAAAUAUCCUUUUGGUUAUUGAGAUAGCUUUUGGGGUUGUAACUGUCUUAAUAACGUUGAAAAUAUUAUUCUUUGGAUGAGAAUUUUAA